AAAACGCCGGCAAUUAGGAGAGGAGGUUGCGGAGGGACGUUGGUCCUUUUACGCCGCUAGGCGGGACAGGGGACGGGGACGGACGCUGGGCGUUUCCUCUCCUCCUAAUAGUACAGUCCAACCGAAGGCUCGCAGAGACUACAUCCCCCAGCAUGCUUUGCGUCUCCUAGAAGGCAGCUGCCGUGCCGUGUUUGCUCUCUCAGCGCCUUUCUCGGACGGCAGGAGGGGGCGGGGUCGGCGUUGGUUGCUGAGGCGCUAUGACAACGGGAGCAAAAAUGGCGGCGGGCAGGGCUGGCUAGGGAGUACCUGAGGCGUUCUUCCCCCGCGCGCCCCGUAUAGCAGCAGACACCGCCCCAUUCCUUCCUUGUAAUAACAGCUUCUGCUUGGGGUCGUCCCCCCCUCCCGCUCCCCUAUCCAUCUCUCUAUUUGCGUCUUUGCUUAUCUCCCUCAUGGGUCCCGUUAGCAUCCUCCUGCCCCAAAGGUAGCGCGGCGAGAGGGUGCUUGUGACAAGGACGUUGGCGCCCUGUCUCGGCCCCCCUGACAGGCAAACGGCGCUCUUGCGGCCCGUGAGGGAGUCUCGGGAUGAGGCGCUCGCCUUAAUGCGCACCCGGGCUCCCUGUUGUGGAUCUGCGGGAGGAGGGCGCAGGUGAGGAGAAGAAAAGGGUUUCCCAAUGUUGGGAAUAGUCAGGGCUGAAGGAGAAUGUCUUUAUUUAAAGCCCGUGACUGGUGGUCUACAGUGGUGGGCAACAAAGAAGAAUUUGAUCAAGGAUGCUUAUGUGUUGCAAAUGUUGACAAUAGCAGCAGUGGACAAGAUAAAAUAAUUGUGGGAAGUUAUACAGGGUUCCUUAGAAUCUACAAUCCCCAUCCUAUAAAACCUGGAGAUGCUGUGCAAGCUGAAGAUUUGCUCUUGGAAGUGCAGUUAUCUGAGCCAAUACUUCAAGUGGAAGUAGGAAAAUUUGUUUCUGGUAUAGAACUGUUACAUCUGGCUGUAUUACACCCUAAAAAAUUGUGUGUAUAUGCUGUCUCAGGAAGCCUGGGAAACAUUGACCAUGGGAACCAAUAUCAGCUAAAGCGUAUGUACGAACACAAUCUUCAGAGAACAGCUUGCAACAUGACUUACGGGCCAUUUGGAGGCAUAAAAGGUAAAUUCUAUAUUAUUAUUGGUCUACUUUAUGUAAUCUAUAGAACUCAUAUGUAAUUUUGAC